UAAAUAGACAAAUUGACAGUAUUUAUUAUUAGCGUAUAGCCUUUGUAAUAAGCCCAGUUACAUGUUAAUUGUUAUAGUAGGUGAACGCUCAAAGCUAAACCGUGCCACAAUCAGGAUACCGGUUGAACUAACCCUGCAUGUAAACCAAAAUCAAACCGAUUUGGUCAAACAACUUAUCUUGUCCGCCUUCUACCUCGUGCGCACGUCUCUCUGUCAGUCAGUCAAUUUGUCUCUUUUGCAGAUCAAACUGGUAGUACAAGUAUAGAUAAAUAAAUUAAAUAAAUCAAACAAAAAUGGAAAAUUAAAUAGUAAGAGAGAAGACGAAGAAGAUGCUUUAAACUCCUCGAAAGAAUCGGCGAAUAAUGUGGAACCAUUGACGAAGAAACGCUUGGCUGAGAGUAAACUCGGAGAGUCUCUGAUUAUUAUUAGCCUCUUGACCAAUGGGUGGUGGUGGUAGCAAUCUCGUUGAUGGUCUUCUUCGUUGGCUUUUCUUCCAACGUCGUCCUUCUUCUUCCUCCAACACUCACGAUCAGAUUCACAAUCCCGAUAACUUAGUAGAUAACGACGGUGAUUCAAAGAACCCUAAUGGUAUUGAAGAUCUCGAUCCAUCUAAGCUAAAACUAAUCAAGGUUCCAAAACGAGAUCAUUCACCCAUGGAUGCUCAAAAGAAGGCUAUACCUAAUGCGGACUUCUUCACUGAGUAUGGAGAAGCAAACAGGUAUCAGAUCCAACAAGUAGUUGGCAAAGGAAGCUAUGGAGUUGUUGGUUCUGCUAUUGACACCCACACCGGAGAAAGAGUUGCUAUCAAGAAGAUCAACGAUGUCUUUGACCACAUCUCUGACGCUACUAGGAUCUUGAGGGAGAUCAAGUUGCUGCGCUUGCUUCUUCACCCUGACGUUGUGCAGAUUAAACACAUCAUGCUCCCUCCUUCAAGAAGAGAGUUUCGUGAUGUUUACGUAGUUUUCGAGUUGAUGGAAUCUGAUCUUCAUCAGGUGAUUAAGGCUAAUGAUGAUCUGACUCCUGAGCAUCAUCGGUUUUUCAUGUACCAGCUUCUACGUGGUUUGAAGUAUGUUCAUGCUGCGAAUGUGUUUCAUAGGGAUUUGAAACCAAAGAACAUUCUAGCUAAUGCUGAUUGCAAGUUGAAGAUCUGUGACUUUGGGCUUGCUCGUGUAUCUUUUGAUGACGCACCGUCCGCUAUCUUUUGGACAGAUUAUGUAGCUACUCGGUGGUAUCGUGCCCCUGAACUAUGUGGAUCUUUCUUCUCCAAAUAUACCCCUGCGAUUGAUAUUUGGAGCGUCGGUUGCAUAUUCGCUGAAAUGCUUUUAGGGAAGCCGCUGUUUCCUGGGAAAAAUGUAGUUCACCAACUGGAUAUUAUGACCGAUUUUCUUGGCACUCCACCUCCAGAAGCAAUAUCCAAGAUCAGAAAUGAUAAGGCGAGGAGAUAUAUUGGUAACAUGAGGAAGAAACAGCCAGUCCCAUUCUCUAAAAAAUUCCCUAAAGCUGAUCCUUCUGCUCUCCGCCUGUUGCAACGUCUGAUUGCCUUUGAUCCAAAAGAUCGUCCAUCCGCCGAAGAAGCACUGGCUGAUCCAUAUUUUAAUGGUGUUUCAAGUUCAGAGAGGGAACCAUCGACACAGCCGAUCUCAAAGCUUGAAUUUGAGUUUGAGAGAAAGAAGUUAACAAAAGAUGAUGUCAGAGAGUUAAUCUACAGAGAGAUACUGGAGUAUCAUCCUCAGAUGCAGGAGGAAUACCUUCGUGGUGGCAAUGACCUCAGCUUCAUGUACCCCAGUGGGGUAGAUAGAUUUAGGAGGCAGUUUGCUCAUCUUGAAGAAAAUCAAGGUCAGGGUGGAAGAAGUACUGCGCUUCAGAGACAGCAUGCUUCUUUACCAAGAGAAAGAGUUCCUGCACCAAAAAAUGAGACAGAUGAAGAAAGCAGCAACGAUAUUGAGAGAAGAAUAUCAGCUGUUGUAGCAUCAACCCUAGACAGUCCCAAAGCUUCACAACAACCUGAAGGUACAGAUAAUGGAGGAGGAUACAGUGCACGUAACCUGAUGAAAAGCGCUAGUAUCAGUGGUUCUAAAUGUAUAGGUGUCCAAUCUAAAACCAACAUUGAGGACGCCAUAGCAGAGGAACAAGAUGAGAUAGUUGAGAAAGUUGCAUCUCUACACAAUACUUAGUUUUUUUAUCUAUAUUUGUUCUUAUACAGAGUUGUAGAAGCAAAUCUGCGGUUUCUCACUCUCAGAAUUUGAGUUUGAAUGUUGUAGCAUUAUAAUAAUAUUUAAUAAAUUUAGUUAUCUUUUUUA